CUCAUCCACAUUUCAUUCGUUUGAUUAACUCCCACAAGAAAAAUACCGUACAAACAACUAGACACCAUCUCAUUUGUCUCUAUCCACCUCUUCCUGUCCCUCCCCCCUUCUCUGUCUCUCUUUUUUUUUUACUACUUUGCUCCUAUUUAAUCUUCCUCAUCUGUAUUUUCUCGCUUACUCUUUACAUCUAUGAAUCCUGAAAGCGAAGAACUCUAUCCUAUCGCGAUCUUGAUAGAUGAACUGCGUCACGACGAUGUCAAUCUUCGUUUGAAUGCUAUCAAAAGACUGAAUACCAUCGCCCUGGCACUCGGUCCACAGCGUGCUCGAGAGGAAUUGAUCCCUUUCCUAGAUGAAUCUAUCGAUGACGAGGAUGAAGUUUUGCUAGCUUUGGCUGGGGAGCUUGGUGACUUUGUAGAGUACAUUGGAGGGGCGCAAUAUGCUCAUAUUUUGUUGCAGCCCCUGGAGAAUCUUGCUGCAGUUGAGGAAACAAUGGUUCGCGACAAGGCGGUUGAGUCACUGAAUAAGAUCUGUCCAUUGUUAACCCAGGCCCAGUUGGAGCAAUACUAUAUUCCUUUGCUUAAACGUCUUACUUCGGGUGAUUGGUUUACGAGUCGCACCUCUGCAACUGGUCUCUAUGCAUGUGGUUAUCCAUUGGUUUCGUCAGCCCACCAAGAAGAGAUGCGCAAGGCUUUCAGCCAGCUUUGCAUGGAUGAUACACCCAUGGUUCGUCGAGCGGCGGCCACACAUCUUGGGACAUUCUCCAAAAAACUCAGCAAGGAACAUCUUAUUUCGGACAUCAUUCCUCUCUUCAAUAAAUUGGCACAGGACGAACAGGACUCAGUACGUCUGCUGACAGUGACCGAUCUUGUUGCUAUUGCAGAGCAACUCUCGCCUGAAGAAUGCAAGGUCUACUUUCUGCAAACGCUCAAGACUAUGGUUGCAGAUAAAUCGUGGAGAGUUCGCUACAUGAUCGCUGACAACUUUGUCAAGCUGAGUACUGCUGUAGGACAGGAGAUUACACGUGAAGACUUGGUUGUGGCUUUCGUCCGUUUAUUAAAGGAUAAUGAGGCAGAGGUCCGCACAGCUGCUUCUGGACAAGUCCCUGGAUUCGCUAAAUUGGUGGACCAGGACACUAUUUUGAACUAUAUCUUGCCUUGCGUCAAGGACCUUGUGACAGACACCUCACAACAUGUCCGUGCAGCCUUGGCGAUGCAGAUUAGCGGUUUGGCGCCCAUUCUCGGCAAAGAGGCGACGACAGAGCAUUUGUUGCCCUUGUUCCUUCAGUUACUAAAGGAUGAAUUCCCGGAUGUACGACUCAACAUCAUUUCCAAGCUUGAGACCGUGAACCAGGUCAUUGGAAUCGAGCUCUUAUCUCAAUCUCUUUUACCCGCUAUUGUGGAGUUGGCAGAGGACAAACAAUGGCGCGUGCGUCUGGCAAUCAUUGACUACAUACCACUUUUGGCCACGCAAUUGGGCGUCCAAUUUUUUGACGAGAAGCUGGGAGCACUAUGCAUGUCAUGGCUGGGCGACAGUGUCUUUUCAAUCCGAGAUGCUGCUACAGUUAACCUGAGGAAGCUCACAGAGGUUUUUGGCGUAGAGUGGGCAGAACAUGCCAUCAUUCCUAAAGUCCUUGCAAUGGGGACGCAUCCCAAUUACUUAUAUAGAAUGACCACCAUCUUUGCUAUUACGGCGAUGGCAUCAGCCGUAACACCAGAAGUGAUCCGCGACUAUAUCUUGCCAACUGUUACGAAUUUGGUGUCAGAUCCUAUUCCCAACAUUCGCUUCAACGUUGCUAAAUCCAUAGAGGCCCUUAUCCCUGUGCUUUCGCAGAAUCCAGACACGAAACCUCUGGUUGAACAGCAACUCAAACCAGCCUUGGUUAAACUCAGCGAGGAUCCUGACAACGAUGUCCGCUUUUUCUCUCAGAAGGCGCUCUUCUCUGCACAAUAGCUAUGAAGGGCGAAGUAACGAUCAAGAAAGUAAAAAGGAGGCAUAUUUUUUAAACAUGGGCAUGGAAUGUCGUUUUUGCUUUUAUCAGGGUUCAGGGUUAUCAGGGUUCAAAAUUUUUCAAAACAAAACAACCAAGCUUUAUCAACAAUUAAAUAAAG